CUUUGUCAGAUUUUCAGUCAAGUUAAAGGAGACAUCUGGCUAAUGGAAUUGCAGGUGUGGACCCCUAAUGGACAUGGAAUUUCAGCACAGUGGAGGAGCAUUUGUUUUUUAGACAUUGGUAAGGUUUGUGUUUCAUUAUUCCAGUGGAAUAUUUGAGGGUCAUGAGUCAAAGUGAUGCUCCCCGACCACUAAAUUGGACCAUUCGGAAGCUCUGCCAUGCUGCCUUUCUCCCAUCUGUCAGACUACUUAAGGCUCAGAAGUCAUGGAUAGAGAGAGCAUUUUACAAAAGGGAAUGCGUCCAUAUAAUACCCAGCACCAAAGACCCCCAUAGGUGUUGCUGUGGGCGCCUAAUAGGUCAACAUGUGGGACUUACUCCAAGUAUCUCCAUUAUUCAGAAUGAGAAAAAUGAAAGCCGGCUCGCUCGAAAUGACAUCCAGUCAGAGAAGUGGUCAGUCGGCAAGCACACACAACUCAGCCCCACGGAUGCCUUUGGAACCAUUGAGUUUCAAGGAGGUGGCCACUCAAAUAAAGCCAUGUAUGUGCGGGUGUCUUUUGACACAAAACCUGAUCUUCUUCUACACUUGAUGACCAAGGAAUGGCAGCUUGAACUACCGAAACUCCUCAUCUCAGUACAUGGAGGUCUCCAGAAUUUUGAACUGCAACCAAAACUCAAACAAGUAUUUGGGAAAGGCCUCAUUAAAGCUGCUAUGACAACUGGAGCAUGGAUAUUUACAGGCGGAGUAAAUACAGGAGUUAUUCGGCAUGUUGGUGAUGCACUGAAAGACCAUGCUUCAAAAUCUAGAGGAAAGAUCUGCACUAUUGGAAUAGCUCCCUGGGGAAUUGUAGAAAAUCAGGAGGACUUGAUUGGCAAGGAUGUAGUCCGACCGUAUCAAACAAUGUCCAAUCCAAUGAGUAAGCUGACAGUACUCAACAGUAUGCAUUCUCAUUUUAUUCUGGCUGAUAAUGGAACCACGGGAAAAUAUGGUGCUGAGGUUAAACUUCGCAGGCAGUUGGAAAAGCAUAUCUCCCUUCAGAAGAUAAAUACAAGAAUUGGUCAAGGAGUACCAGUAGUGGCCCUCAUUGUAGAAGGUGGACCCAAUGUAAUUUCCAUUGUCCUGGAAUAUCUGCGUGAUACACCCCCAGUUCCAGUAGUAGUAUGUGAUGGGAGUGGCCGAGCAUCUGACAUCCUUGCAUUUGGUCAUAAAUACUCAGAAGAAGGAGGGCUUAUCAAUGAAUCUCUGAGAGACCAAUUACUUGUUACUAUCCAGAAAACCUUCACCUAUACCCGGACACAGGCUCAGCAUCUCUUCAUAAUUCUUAUGGAAUGCAUGAAAAAGAAGGAACUGAUUACAGUAUUUCGUAUGGGGUCAGAAGGACACCAGGAUAUUGAUCUGGCCAUCUUGACAGCUUUGUUAAAAGGAGCGAAUGCCUCUGCUCCAGAUCAACUGAGUUUGGCAUUAGCUUGGAACAGGGUAGACAUUGCUCGCAGCCAGAUUUUUAUUUAUGGGCAACAAUGGCCGGUGGGGUCCCUUGAACAGGCAAUGUUGGAUGCCCUGGUAUUAGACAGAGUGGAUUUUGUGAAGUUACUCAUAGAAAAUGGAGUAAGCAUGCAUCGUUUUCUCACCCUCUCCAGACUAGAAGAGCUGUAUAAUACGAGACAUGGGCCAUCCAACACUUUGUAUCACCUUGUCAGAGAUGUCAAAAAGCGCGAAUAUCCAGGUUUCGGUUGGAUCUAUUUUAAGGGAAACCUACCACCAGACUAUAGGAUAAGUCUAAUUGAUAUUGGCCUGGUGAUUGAGUACCUGAUGGGAGGAGCUUAUCGCUGUAAUUAUACUCGAAAACGCUUCAGAACACUCUAUCACAACUUAUUUGGCCCCAAGAGACCCAAGGCCUUAAAACUUCUGGGAAUGGAGGAUGAUGUUCCACUACGGAGGGGAAGAAAGACCACUAAGAAACGAGAAGAGGAAGUGGAUAUAGACCUAGAUGACCCUGAGAUUAACCAUUUCCCUUUCCCCUUCCAUGAACUGAUGGUAUGGGCUGUGCUGAUGAAGCGCCAAAAGAUGGCUCUUUUCUUCUGGCAACAUGGAGAGGAAGCCAUGGCUAAGGCUCUGGUAGCCUGUAAACUUUGCAAAGCAAUGGCCCAUGAAGCAUCUGAAAAUGAUAUGGUGGAUGACAUAUCUCAGGAACUUAAUCACAACUCCAGAGAUUUUGGCCAGCUGGCAGUGGAGCUGCUAGACCAAUCCUACAAGCAGGAUGAACAGCUGGCUAUGAAACUGCUGACAUAUGAGUUGAAGAACUGGAGCAAUGCCACUUGCCUGCAACUUGCAGUGGCAGCCAAGCAUCGAGAUUUCAUUGCACACACCUGUAGCCAAAUGCUACUCACAGAUAUGUGGAUGGGGAGGCUUCGGAUGCGCAAAAACUCAAGUCUAAAGGUAAUUCUAGGAAUUCUACUUCCUCCUUCAAUUCUCAGCUUGGAGUUCAAAAACAAAGAUGAUAUGCCUUACAUGUCUCAGGCUCAAGAGAUCCAAUUGCAAGAAAAAGAGCCGGAAGAGCCAGAAAAAACAGUAAAAGAAAAAGAAGAGGAAGAUAUGGAACUCACAGCAAUGUUGGGACGUACCAAUGGAGAGUCAUCAGUAAGAAAAAAGGAAGAGGAGGAAGUUCAGAAUAGACAUAGAUUGAUCCCCCUUGGACGUAAAAUCUAUGAGUUCUACAAUGCACCAAUUGUUAAAUUUUGGUUCUAUACUAUGUUUUACGUUGGGUACCUGAUGCUGUUUAAUUAUAUAGUUUUGGUGAAAAUGGAACGUUGGCCUUCCAUGCAAGAGUGGAUAGUUAUCUCAUACAUAUUUACAAUGGGAAUAGAAAAGAUGAGAGAGAUAUUAAUGUCAGAACCUGGGAAACUACUGCAGAAGGUAAAGGUGUGGCUUCAAGAAUACUGGAAUGUUACCGAUCUUAUUGCCAUCCUCUUAUUCUCGGUGGGAAUGGUGCUUCGCCUGCAGGAUCAGCCGUUCAGGAGUGAUGGUCGCGUCAUAUAUUGUGUCAACAUUAUUUACUGGUAUAUCCGAUUGUUAGACAUCUUCGGGGUGAACAAAUAUUUGGGGCCAUAUGUAAUGAUGAUUGGGAAAAUGAUGAUAGAUAUGAUGUAUUUUGUCAUUAUUAUGUUGGUGGUUCUGAUGAGUUUUGGUGUUGCAAGGCAAGCAAUUCUCUUCCCCAAUGAAGAGCCAUCAUGGAAACUGGCAAAAAAUAUUUUUUACAUGCCCUAUUGGAUGAUCUAUGGGGAAGUGUUUGCAGACCAGAUAGACCGUAAGCACGUUUAUGAUUCUCAUACACCAAAGUCAGCUCCUUGCGGUCAAAACGAAACUAGAGAAGAUGGUAAAAUAAUUCAGCUUCCUCCCUGCAAACCAGGAGCAUGGAUCGUUCCUGCCAUAAUGGCUUGCUAUCUUUUGGUUGCAAACAUCCUUCUGGUGAACUUACUGAUUGCAGUUUUUAACAACACGUUUUUCGAAGUUAAGUCUAUAUCAAACCAGGUAUGGAAGUUUCAGAGAUAUCAGCUUAUUAUGACCUUCCAUGAAAGACCAGUCUUACCCCCUCCACUAAUCAUCUUCAGUCACAUGACCAUGAUAUUUCAGCACAUAUGCUGUAGAUGGCGGAAACACGACAGCGAUCCAGAUGAAGCAGACUAUGGGCUCAAACUUUUUAUAACAGAUGAUGAACUGAAGAAGGUUCAUGAUUUUGAAGAACAGUGCAUAGAAGAAUAUUUCAGAGAGAAAGACGAUAGAUUUAAUUCUUCCAAUGAUGAGAGAAUCCGUGUAACUUCUGAAAGAGUAGAGAAUAUGGCAAUGCGAUUAGAGGAAGUGAACGAACGAGAGCAUUGCAUGAAGGCCUCGCUUCAGACUGUAGAUAUACGGCUUGCUCAGCUGGAAGAUAUGAUUGGGCGAAUGGCCACAGCACUGGACAAAAUCUCUGGCGUGGACAGAGGAGAGACCAGUAAGAUACGGUCUCGAACAUCUUCUGACUGUACUGACGCAGCUUACAUUGUGAGGCAAAGUAGCUUCAACAGCCAGGAAGGAAACACGUACAAACUUCAAGAGAGUAUUGAUCCCACGGGAGAAGAAUCAAUAUCCCCCACCUCUCCAACGUUAACACCUCGACUGCGAAGUCACUCCUUCUAUGCGAUGAAUAUGAAGGAGAAGGGUGGGCUUGAGAAAUUUGAAAGUAUUUUGAAAGAAAGGUCUCUGAGCCUUCAUCGUGCCACUAGCUCUCACUCAGUCUCAAAAGAACCAAAAGUUUCAUUAGUGCCUGUAAGCACUUUGUCUAUUGCUCCAGAUUCUCGGAGGCCUUCCUCUUGCAUUGAUAUAUAUGUGUCUGCCAUGGACGAGCUGCAGUCGGGAAUAGAGCCCCUGGACAGUUCAAUGAACAUCCUUGGGACCGGAGACCCCACUCUUCAAGCUCAGAUAACUUCCAGUGUUCUCUCGAGUAGUGCUUAUGUCAGUGGUACCUCUGGUGAUAGAAUCUCAGGCAGAAGUAUUGAGUAUGAAGAGCCUUCUUCACUGGAAACAAGGGUGCUUUCUUCAGAUUAUUCCCAAAUCACAGACAGCCAAAACCCCUGGGAAUUGGAUCCCCCUCUAUAUCAUACCUUAGAGCGUUCUAAAAGUAGUCGAUACCUGGCUACAAGCCCCUUUAUUUUAGAAGAGGCACCUAUAGUAAAAUCUCAAAGUUUUAUGUUCUCUCCUUCCCGGAGUUAUUUCAGCAGUCUCGGAGUACCGGUCAAAACAGCAGAGUACACUAGCAUUACCGACUGCAUUGAUACAAGGUGUGUCAGUGCUCCUCAAACCAUUGCAGAAAGGUCAAGCUUUCCUGGGACCCAUGGAGAUAAGAUGGAUGACUUGGGAUGCUGCCAUCCAGAGAGAGAAGCCGAACUAAGUCACCCAAGUUCUGACAAUGAGGACACUGAAGCCAAAGACAAAAAAGCAGUUUCCUUGUCACCUCAAGAUAGCAAUACAUCUAGGACCUUGUCUAACAAUAUUCUGCUUCCUAAAAUAGAGCGGGCCAAUAGUUAUUCUGCAGAUGAAUCCAACUUACUCUACGUGCACACACGGAAAAGCUACUCCAUCAGUGACAAACUUGAUAGGCAACGCAAUGCGGCCAGCCUUCGAAAUACGUUUCAGAGGAGCAAGUCAUCCAAGCCAGAAAGUACAGGAGACACCUUGUCAAUGAGAAGACUCUCUAGAACAGAUGCAUUCCGGAGCUUUGAGAGCAAAUAUUGCUAGAGAUGACAUCUGCUCUUUGGUCCUUCUCUUGAGCAGAAUGAAGUAACCU